UGAGCUGGCUGAGUUUUAGGCAAACUCUACGCUCUCUUAUGGAUGCAUGACUGCUUCUUUAACCUGAGUUUCAAACAAACUAGUUUGCAUUUUUUGAAUGAGCUAAAUUUGCUGCCCACAUUACUCCCUUCUCAACUAAAUGGAGAACUUAUAUAAACAACUUCACCUCUUCCAACAACAUCCAGACGAAUCCGCAUGGCCAAUCAUAAGCAUUGUGCUGUAGAUCUCUACAUAUUGAAAGCUACCAUCUUACUGCUUCUGCUUCUGCUGCAAUGUAUAGAACUCACUUCUGCAGUCGAAGUGUCCUCGACAACGCAGACGGGAGGAAGAUGGGAGCUUCUUUUGGAUAACACUGGCGUGGUGGCCAUGCACAUGGCUUUAACCCACCACAACACUGUUGUUGUAUUCGAUCAGACAAGUGCUGGGCCAUCUCGAUAUCGACUCCGACGACGAUAUGGGGGGAAAAGGUGUACACGGUCACAUUCUGACUUGACAGACCCGGACUGUUAUGCCCAUUCUGUGGAGUAUGACAUUUCAAAGAAUCAAGUUAGAGCUCUAGGCCUUUCAUCUGAUACCUGGUGUUCCUCUGGUUCCUUCCUUAGCAAUGGAACACUAUUACAGACAGGUGGGUAUCGUAAGGGGGCUCGAAGAAUCCGCUACUUCAUGCCUUGUAAAGAUCAUCAAUGUGAUUGGAGGGAAGCCAAGGCAACGUUAUCAAAGGAUCGGUGGUAUGCAUCGAAUCAAAUCCUUCCCGAGCAUGAUCGGGUAAUCGUUGUGGGCGGUAGGAGGACCUUCACUUAUGAAUUUGUACCGAAAAUGGGCAAAGAAAAGUCAUUUGAUCUACCAUUCUUGCACCGAACUUACGACAAUCAUGAUGGAGGAAACAACCUCUAUCCCUUUCUUCAUCUCUCCUCCGAUGGAAAUUUGUUUAUUUUUGCCAACAGAGACUCUGUCCUAUUUAACUAUAGACAAAACAAAGUGGUCAAGACCUUUCCGCGAAUACCUGGUGGGGGUUCACGGAAUUACCCUAGUUCGGGCUCGUCUGUGAUCCUCCCAUUGGAUCACAAAAACGAGUUUCAAAAGGUUGAAGUCAUGGUUUGUGGGGGCUCUGCAUUUGGAGCUUAUAGAGCAGCGCAGCGUGGCCAAUUCUUGAAAGGUCUGCGAUCAUGCGGAAGAAUGGUGAUCACUGGGAACACACAUAAAUGGAACAUGGAAUACAUGCCAGAACCUCGUCUCUUACACGAUAUGUUGAUCCUUCCUACAGGCAAUAUCUUGAUCAUUAAUGGUGCUAAAACUGGUUCUGCAGGGUGGGGUAAUGCAAGAAAUGCUUCACUUCAACCUUAUCUUUACAAGCCCAAAAAACAAUUAAAUAAAAGAUUCUCCAUCUUGAAAUCCACUAGAAUAGCAAGAAUGUACCAUUCAUCAGCGAUUGUUAUUCCCGAUGGAAGGAUCUUAGUUGCAGGUGGGAAUCCCCAUAGAAAUUACACAUUUAGAAAUGUAGCUUACCCAACUGAACUCAGGUUACAAGCAUAUCAUCCACACUAUACUGAGCGAAAACACGAUGAUAACAGGCCAAGAAAUGUGACGAUACACUAUGCUCACGGUAAUUAUGGAAUCAAAUAUGGCAGAGAGUUCACCGUACGAUUCAAAUUGGAGAGGAGAAGGAGUGACGUUUUAGAAUUCAGCGCGUAUGCACCGCCAUUCACAACCCACUCCAUUUCGAUGAAUCAAAGACUACUAAAACUGAAGAACAAAAGCAUCAAAAGAGACACUAAUAGUGAAUGGAUGAACGCAGUUGUAGAGGCUCCUCCAUCUCCCAAUGUUGCACCUGCCGGUUACUACUUGUUUACCGUUGUUAAUGGAGGAAUUCCCAGCAUUUCUCAAUGGAUAAGAUUCAUAAACUCCUGACUAACCGGCUUUUGAAUUUCGAUGUCAAGAAAACCAAUAAAAUGAAUAAUUAUUAUAAAGUUAUAUCAUUAAAAUAAAG